UGCCGACUCCUUCGUUUUCCAGAAACCUCCCUGCAUUGACUUUGCCGUUCUUCUCUUCACCUUGAGAAGUUAUAGUCGAUCUUCCUCCACUGAACCCUCCCAACUUAGCUCUAUUCACUGAAUGGUUUUCUUCUGCGGGUGAAUACAGCUGAGAGGAUCGGCCCACUGAUGGACUUCACCGGAAUUCUGGCUUUAAUCAUCAUCCCUGCUUUAAUUGUGGGAGGACUGGCUUUGAGACAACUCCUAAAAUCGAAGAGGAGGAGGGACUCGGAUCCAACCUCGAGAACGGACAAUGCAUCUGGAGAAGAGAAUGAGGCGUUAAGGAGGGACUCGGAGUCAACCUCGGGAACGGAUGAUGCAUAUGGAGAGAAGUUCGAUGUGUUUUUGAGUUUCCGGGGAAGCGACACGCGCCUAAAUUUCACUGAUCACCUUUACCACAGCAUGGUAAUUGCAGGACUUCAAGUUUUCCUUGAUAGUGAAGAACUCGAAGAUGGUAAAAGAAUCAAUGAGGUUUUGAAGGCAGUUGAUGAGUCUCGGAUAUACAUACCAAUCUUCUCUCGAAACUUCGCCACCAGUUCAUGGUGUCUCCGUGAGGUAGCUCGUAUGGAAGAAUGCACCUCAAAAUCAGAUGGCAAAAAAGUGAUCAUCCCCAUUUUCUAUGAUGUGAAGACUGAUGAUGUGAAGCUCAAAACAGAUUUGUACAAGAAAGCCAUAUGCAAACACAAGAGGAAUUUUUUCUCUUUCUUUGGUUUGAAGCACAAGGGGAAGUUUGACUCCCAUGAACUGGCGCGGUGGGAAAGAGCCCUCAUAAAGGUUGGAGGUAUAAAAGGACGGGAACUUGAAGGCAAAAGCCAUCGAGAAGAAAUUGACUCGAUUGUUGAACAGGUUUCCCGUAAGUUUAAUAAAAGACACAAGAGUGUGACUGAACAUUUGGUUGAAGAUAGUGCUCAGGUGAAAGCCAUAAUGAAAUUGUUGGAUGUUAGGUCUGAUGGUGUAUGUUUUGUUGGUAUCCAUGGCAUAGGUGGUAUUGGAAAAACAACUCUUGCCAAGGUUUUGCACAACAAAUUAUCUUUUCACUUUGAUGGCUCUAGUUUCCUUCCUGACGUUCGAGUACGUUGGCAAUCUCUUGGUGGUUGUUUAGAAUUGCAAAAGGGCUCUUAUCAGAUUAUGUCGGUUCUAAAAAAACUAACCGAAUUAAAGAUGUCAAUGAUGGGAUCGAGAUGAUCAAAAGAGUGUUAGGUAAAAAAAAAGUACUCAUUGUUCUUGAUGAUCUAGACAAGAAGGAGCAACUCGAACAACUAGCCGGAAAAUCUAAUUGGUUUGGUUUAGGCAGUAGGAUCAUCUUCACCACUAGAAACAAAGAAGUCUUGAUGACUCAAGUGGAAUUAUCCGGUGAAGAGCUCCUAAAUCAAACCAAAGGAAUUUUGGUUUAUGAAGUUCAACGAAUGGAAUUUAAUCAAGCAUUUCGGCUAUUUUGUAAGCACGCAUUCAGAAGAGUAUCUCCCAUAAAGGGAUAUGAUUGUCUUGCAGAGAAAAUUGUUCGUAGAGUGGAUAUGCUUCCUUUGGCUAUCGAGGUGAUCGGUUCAUCUCUUUAUUGCGAAGGCCAAAGCCUGGAGCAACAUUUUGAUAAAACAAAGCUAUGGAAAGACACGUUGGAACUGUUAGGUGAAGGUCUUGUUAAGAAAGUCCGAGAUGUAUUAAUUUUAAGUUAUGAAGGAUUGGAGGAUAAGCAAAAAGAAGUAUUUCUCGAUAUUGCUUGCUUUUUCACAAAUGAGGACCAAACAUAUCCAGUUCUCAUGUGGGAUGACUGUAAUUACCAUCCUACCAGAGCAAUUGGUGUCCUUCUCCUACGGUCCUUGAUUAAAAUUAGAGAUAAUAAGUUUAGGAUGCAUGAUCAAGUUCGAGAUCUAGGAAGACAAAUUGUCCUUGAAGAAUAUCCUCGAAAAUUUAGUAGGGUGUGGAUUCAUGAAGAUGUCAUAGAACUACUGGAGAGAAAAGAGAGAAAUGAAGAUGUAGAAGCUAUAAGCCUGACUUCUAGUGGCAGCAGCCACAACUUCACAGAUGAAGAAUUAGCUGCUCUACCAAAACUACGGUUCCUUCGAGCAAAAGGCUCGGAUUUUUCUGGUGACUUUCAGAAUCUUCUUUUGAAGCUAAGAUGGCUUUCUUGGCAGACAUGGCAAAUAGCUUUCCUGGCAAAAACUUUCACUUUGGAGGAUUGGUUGUGCUCAACCUUUCGAAUAGCAAUAUUGAAGACAGCUGGGAUGGGUGGAGCCAAAUGAAGAUGAAUAAGUUAAAGGUACUAGAUUUGACGGGUUGCAGGUUGUUAACAAGGACACCUGACUUCUCCAAGUUCACGUCUUUAGAGACGUUGAUUCUUGCUCGGUGUGUCAAGUUAACUACAAUUGAUGGCUCCAUUGGUGAGCUAAAACUCUUAAGAACUUUCAAUAUCAACGGAUGCAAGGUUCUUCGGAAGUUGCCUGCAAAAUUCGGUUCUCUACAAUCUUUGAUAGAGAUUAUCAUGCCCCAUCAUUAUCAACACUUCAAACUUCCAAAGACAUUUGGCAAUUUGCAAUCUCUGUCGAGUUUUAUAUUAGAUGAGCACCCUGGAAUCAAAAAACUUCCAAACUCUAUAGGAAGAUUGGUGAAACUUAAACGUUUAUCUUUAUGCGGGUGUGUGGGCAUAAAGAAGCUUCCAGGCUCUAUUGGAGAAAUGAAAAUGUUGGCUGAGUUGGAUUUAUCAAAGUCGGGAAUAGUUAAAUUACCUAAUUCCAUCGGAUCUUUAAAGAAACUGAAAGUGAUCAGGAUAAGUUAUACAGUGAUAAGAAACUUUCCUGAAACUAUUGGACACGUGAUAAAGCUUAAAGAAUUACAUGCCAAGAAAUGUUGGAAUUUAACAGAUGAAAACCUAGAAAAAAUUGGGAACCUAUCCAAUUUGAGGAUAUUGGACAUAUCAUAUACGAGUGUAACUAGUUUCCCUAUGGUACUAGGCUGUCUCUCUCGUCUCGAAACACUUGAAAUGAGUUCAAGUCACCUACAAGAAGUACCAGAUCUUCCCUCAAGUUUGACACACCUUCACAUGCAAGCACCUCACUUCCAAUCUAUCCCUAACCUCUCAAACCUUGUCAAUUUAGAUCAUCUGGAAUUAUCUAUAUUAAAUGGUUCGAUGGAGGAACCUGACAUAGCUCGGAUGAAUGAUUCGUAUUUGCUUCCAUCUAGUUUGUCGACCUUGAAAUUAAGGGGCAUGCAUCUACUACCACCUUUUUCCAACCUAAAAAAAUUGUCGGAAAUGUCUAUAAUGGAACAUCCAAUGUCACGCUUCUCCAUCUCUGAAGACCUAACACAUUUGAGAAUAUUGAAACUAAGAAAAUGUAAAUUGAUGGAGAAAAUACCUGGUCUGGCACUCUUGAAGAACCUAUGGUGCCUGGAUUUGAACAGAUUGGAAAGGCUGGUUGAGAUUCAUGAGUUGUUGGAACUCAAAUCGUUGGAGCACUUCCGUAUUGCCCAUUGUAAUGAGAUAGAAAGGUUACCCAACUUAUCAAAGUUAGAUAAGCUACGGCACAUUGAACUAGAAGCUUGUUUGAAGAUAAAAGAGAUCGAGGGUGUCAAGGACACAGGAACCUUGAAGUUAGAUAAUCGUGGUUGCACAGUCCUGGAAAGGUUGCUGGAUGACCCAGGAUCAACUUGGCUUUCUCACAGAAUACCUACUUAUGAUGUGUUCCUGAGUUUUAGGGGACAGGACACUCGUUUUUCCAUUGUCGAGAUCCUUCACAAGAAUCUUGUUCAUAACAAAAUUCUGGUUUAUAUGGACAAUGAGGCGGUGGCCCAUGACAGAGGAAUUAGCUGGGAGCUUUUAGGAGCACUCGAUGACUCUCAUAUCUACAUACCCUUCUUAUCUAAAGGCUAUGCUUCUAGUAAAUGGUGUCUCCAUGAACUAGCCCGCAUGGUAGCACGCAAGAAGUCAAAUGGGAAAAGAAUCCUGCCCAUUUUCUGUGAUGUGGAGAAGGAAGAUGUUAAGCUUGAAAGCAAUUUAUACAAAGAUGCCCUAAGUGACCACAGGAAGUAUCACAACAACGACGACGAAGUGAUGGAAUGGGAAGAGGCUCUUAAAUAUGUCGGGGACAUGGAUGGGUAUCACUGGACAACUAACAGCCUCGAAGGACUAAUUGAAAGGAUUACUGAAGAUGUUUUGAAAGAUCUGGAAGGUGCCGAUAUAAGGAGAACUCAAGCAGUUGAAGACUAGUGGUUGUCGAUAGGAAUCUGCACGGAAAUAAGCAUCAAGGAAAAAAGAACAAAGAACUGGAAGUCCAUUCCAAGUGACCGCACAUAUCAAGCGAUGGGGAGAAUUUCCACCCCUCUAAGUGAAGGCAUACAUCGAGGGAGUCGACAGAAAACUUACGGGUAAUUGCUCCCAUUUCGAUUAUGACAACAUAUGUCAUUCAAUUGAUUUAAACAAUACAUAGAAUUUCAAAGUAACUACAGUGCAGCCUUUUGCAUACAAAUAACCGUACAUUCAAGCAAAUUUUUAUUCUUUAGAACAAUUUUAUGAUCUCUAAGUUAACAAAGAGGAUUUCUAAAAUUUGACGCAGGUGUUCUACUAGUUUGAAGGCCAAAUCCAAAAACACUGUAUGAACUUAUAUCUACAAGACAAAA